AUGUCUAGCGACAGGUGACUCUAGGAGCGCCGACGCUCCUGCAACCCCAGGACAGUUUGCACCUCCAAACAAACGUCGUGCCGGACCACAAUGGCUUCCUCGUACGCUUUGCCUGCUGCGGCGCUGUCGCAACACCAUCACCACGGCCCAGACAGCGCCUGCUCGCAUUCGCCUUCGCAUUCGCACUCCCACGCCCACGCCCACUCUCACGGAUCGUCUCAAAUGUCCUUCAGCCCGCCGCGGACGCGCAGAGACCCUCAUCCAAGCGGGAAGCCAUCCCACGCUCGAAGCCGCCAAUAUGACGCCAACCAUUCCCAGUAUCAAGCGAACUCGACCGUCCCCGUGCGGAUGAACGUGCCUCCGCCGUUGUUGCCCAGCACGCAAUGGAAAAUCGAGUCGACUCCAGGGGGGAAACCGCUAGUGUCGCCGUCUGCUGCUAGUUUCGAUGCUGCCGGCGUGUACGAACCGCCGGCUGCUUCGCGAUCGCGGUCACACUCCCAUUCCCAGUCGCACCACCAGCACGACCAUCCUGCACAGCGCUCGAGGUUUACGGCACUUCUGCUGCCAUAUACGUCAAGAUGGCCGUUACUCCACACCGUGAUGACGGAGAAAGACUCCAGAAGGAUAUUCUAUUUCAUGAGCUUGAACCUGGCAUUUAUGAUGGUGCAGGCGUUCUAUGGCUAUGUCACCGAUUCGCUAGGUCUUUUGAGCGAUUCCGUGCACAUGUUCUUUGACUGCGUCGCCCUGGCGGUUGGGCUCUUUGCGGCGGUUGCGAGCAAGUGGCCGCCGAGCGAGAGGUUCCCGUACGGAUUUGGGAAGAUUGAGACCUUGAGCGGCUUUGGCAAUGGGGUCUUCCUGAUCUUAAUCAGCGUGGAGAUCAUGACGGAGGCUUGCGAGCGGAUAAUCGAGGGCAGAGAGACGAGGAGGCUGGGCGAGCUGUUCGUGGUCAGUACGCUCGGCCUGCUGGUCAACUUGGUCGGCAUGAUAGCCUUCGGGCACCACCAUCAUGGCCAUAGCCAUGAUCAUGGUCAUUCGCUUAGCUGCAACGGCCAUGCCCACGGCCAUCGUCCUUCACAUGAGCACGGGCACGGGCAUGGCAAUGACCACCACGACGAGAAGCAUGGACAUGCUCAUGGCGGACAUUCCCAUCCGCACUCUCAUGCGCACGACAACGAGAACAUGCAUGGCAUCUACCUCCACGUGUUGGCCGACACGUUAGGGAGCGCCGCGGUCAUCGUCUCCACGGUGCUCACGCACUUCUGGAAGUGGCCAGGCUGGGACCCGAUCGCCUCGUUCCUCAUCGCGGUCCUGAUCCUGCUAUCGGCCCUCCCGCUGGUGAAGUCGUCCGCGCGGCGGCUGCUGCUCACCAUCCCGCCCGAGAUCGAGUACAGCCUGCGCGACACGCUCUCCGGCAUCACGGGCCUCCGCGGGGUCGUCGGCUACGCCGCGCCCAAGUUCUGGAUCGACGACCGCAACGCCGGCGAGGCGACGGCCGCCAACAGGCUGCUCGGCGUCAUGCACGUCGUCGCGGCCAGGGGCGCCGACAUGGACGACGUGCGCGACCGCGUGCGGAAUUACCUGCUCGACCACAACAUCGACAUCACGCUGCAGGUGGAGCGCGAAGGGGACACGAGCUGCUGGUGCGGCGUGGGACGCAGCCCGCUGUCGCAGUCGCACCGCCCGAGUAAUAGUGUCGGCAUCUUCUAGGUGGUUGGGGCCCGGCUUGGUUUGCUUUCGCAGGGCUGUACGGUUCUCUUGUGUUGCCUUGUUGACUGGGUUGGCAACGGUGGGUACAGCGCUGCGAGGGCUUCUGGAUAUUCGAGGCGUGUCACAGAGCAUGUUUUCGCCGUUUGGCGAGCCAUUUUUUUUGACCUGCAUGUCAUUUUCGAGGGUCAGGCGGAAACGCCUGCUCAGUUUGGUUCGGUUUGGAGGAUAUACCAAGCGCCCUUUGACCUUUGACGCUGUCAGAUUCGCUGGCUUGACGCUGAACCGGUUAAUUUCCAUCUUGUUCAGGUCCGAACGGGUCAGAAUACAACAACCAGAGACCGUGAAUAUGAGAACCCGAGGUUCGUCCGUCGGGCCGAGAUAGCGGCCCGCGGACCUUCCGGCCCCGCUGGACCUUCCGGCCGGAUCGGGGUCAUUUUUUCCUGUCCAUUUGCCGG